AUGCCUGCUUAUGGCCACAACUUCAGGUCGUGCUUUGGUCGAGGAUUCCUCAGCUCUGCGCUGAUAACUUUACCAACAGAAGAUAUUUGUGAGCAAGUGGAGAAAUUCCAGGAGCCUUCGAGAAGGGGAAAGCUUGGCGAGUUCUCGCGCGUUUCGCUACAGUCUCGAUGCCCGGACGAACUCAAGUUUCCUGGCUUGCCCGCUUGCCUCUGCCGCAUGGCGCAGUUGCUUGUGCUAAUAAUAACUGACGCAGUUGAGAAGUUGCGUCAAUCUAAGAAAGCCUUGUGCGCCGGCUUCUUCGAGUACGAUGACAACUCCGCUUCGACAGGAGGGAUUGACCCUCAACUCCUCAGCGGGACGAGAUCAAAGGGAGGGAAACCCGCUUUCCUUCUCCCGAGUGCAGGCGGCUGGGGGAGCACAGGGGUCCCUCGGGAAAGAGCCAGACUACUGGUCAUACACUCCCGAGUGCAGGCGGCUGGGGGAGCACAGGGGUCCCUCGGGAAAGAGCCAGACUACUGGUCAUACACUCCACCAUCGCCCCCAAGCGCGGCGCACCGUGCUUUCUCGUCCUGCUCCAAAUACGAUAUGCAAUCCGAAUAUUUAAAAGCUGCGUCUUUGAGUGGCAGCGGAAGAGCCGGAAUGACUGGCAACGUUGACCGCAUGUUGAGCACCAGCCACUCUUCCGCCGACAAGAAGGCAGGUCCUCCCGUCUCGGCAAGCGUACGUCAGGAGGAAGCUGACCUCAAUGAUGGAAGAGAGCCUGAGGAAGAGGAACAACCACAAGAUGAUGCAGAGUGGCAGGAAUAUGAGGGGGGAGCAGAACAGAGGGACUGCACCGAUGGCCUCGCAGAGGCAGUAUGGGAUAAGCGAAUUCCCCAAACUUCGACACAGUACCCUAUUUGCUCGCGAACGCCUAGAGAACGCUGUGCCUACACAACAAGUGAUGAUUGGGCGAUUUUUGCCCUUCAUAAUCAAUAUGUCCGUCCCCUGAGGGACCGCGAAUGGGUCGCUGGAGAGCCGUGCAUCAUCCGCAAGAAUUCCUUUGAGCUGCCGCCGGGCGCCUACCGUUACUCAGAAAGCACCUGUGGCAUACCUGCCACUGCGUUCGAUAGAUUCGUAUUCCCCAACCCGCCACGGCAGUUCCUCAUGGCCGCUCGAGGAAGGUCCUCCGGCAACGUAGAUUUUGCACCUCCCUCCUCCUAUUUCAGGAUGGGCACCCAACGAAGCGGAACUCGUGGACGCCGUCCUCAGCUAACGCAGCAACAGCUGCUCGACCUAGAGAGAAUGUUAUGGUUUGAUCCGGAGCCGCGACUAGAGAGGCCGUUCCGACUAUACGCUGACUCGAAGACAUGUCUUAAGGGCCGCCUUCAUGACAUCGGUCAUAUAAUGAGGAGCGGCUGGUAA